AUGGGGAGUCCUCAGGGUAACGAAGAUCAUGAAGAACGGUCUUCUCUGCCACGUCGACCACGGUUGAGGAUUGCUAAUGCCUGUCAAGCUUGUCGGUUGAGAAAGGUAAAGUGCGAUGGUGUACGCCCUGAUUGCUCAAGAUGUUUGGAAAAAAGAAAGCAAUGUGUCUAUAUCGAUGACCCAUUUGCAGUCAGGCAACAAACGAAACGAAAAUCAACAACAAGACGCGAACAGCCAAUUCGUAGUCAUGCUGUUAGCCCGACCUCGGCUUCUGUUGUGAACCUCCAGUCCAUCGAGGUAUCAACGAUAGCUGGGCCGUCAUAUAGAAUAGAUGACCCAGAAAGGAAUCGUGAGCCGACCCUGGAUCAGGAGCGCGCCUACUACACUCCGCACGCGCAGUUUUCUGGCGAAGUCGAAGCCGCGGUUGACGAUAGAGCAGGGCUCGCUCCGUCAGGAACUUCAAAUUUUGUUCCUUUUGUUGAUGCACCAUUAUUUGGUGAUUUAGUUUUGCAUUCUCCAGGUAGUGAUGUUGAUUUGGCAAAGAAAUUGCCUCCUCGUGCGUAUGCUGAUCGACUUGUUGGAGUAUACUGGCAACAUGUCCAUCCAAUCGAACCAGUCCUGGACAGAGACCAAUUCUUGCUCGAUUAUGAUGGAAUUUAUAACACACCGCUCGGAUUGGCUCACGAAGGCCGUACCCUCCGGCUCAGCAUACUCAAUCUUGUCUUCGCACUGGCAGUACAGAGGCAAGAACUGACCCCUUUACAACAGCGGAAUGAAGAAGGGAAUGGAUACUUUCAGCGAGCAUGGUCGCUUCUUCCUCCGGAUACUGCCUUCUGGAAACCUGGGUCUCUCGAGUUGGUACAAUGCUUAAUGCUUAUGAAUCGGUAUCUUCACUGUACCACGAACCGACAGAAAACAUGGAUGACAGCGGGGUUUGCAAUGCGGAUUGCCCAGAGUUUGCAGUGCUAUCUCGCUUAUGACCUACCCUCAGGUGAAUCCAGCAACGAAGAACGGUUGAAGCGACAAAUCUGGACUAGUUGUGUUGGACUAGACCGAUGUGUGUCUUGGUCUCUCGGUACAAUAUCCACCUUGUUUCCUGUCCUCCCUUCACACAGCGCAGAAGGAUCCUGUUCCAUAUCUUCAACUGGCAAUCAACAACUGGAUAAGAGCCAUGUUGAGCUUCUGCACCUGGAACUUUAUGAGAUUGGCAAUCAAAUUCAAUUGGCACAGACACAAAGUCGGAAUAUCUUUGCAGCCAAGUUGGGACUACCACGUCCAUACCAACAAGAAGAAUACCACGCAGUGGCAGUGCAGUUGGAUGCUUGUCUAGACAAAUGGGAGAAUAGAAUCCCAAGCAAAUGGAAACUGCAAGAACUCUCCCGGGUCGUUGACAGAGAGACUCGGACACAUGGAUACCUAUUACAUGUUCGACUCCUUCUUCACCGAAUGUUCCUUUUCAGACCCAUGCUGGCACGUGUCUACUCUACGAGAUCUCACCUGAUAGGAGAUCAGGCUGCAUAUAACCGCCACAGCCUCAGUGAUCGCAUUAUCAAGGACUGUGCCAUGGUUUGUGUGGAGUCGGCGCAAAAACUCACAAAAUUGAUCAUAGAUACGCUGGAGCCACACGAACCAAUGGGCCUCUUGCCAUGGUGGUAUCGAAUUUAUUACUUACAUAUCGCCGGGACCAACUUUUUGGCAUCAAUGUUCAGUCCAGAUCUGUUCACCCAGUCAGUUUCGCAAUCUUGGGGUGAGCUUAUGUCGGCCCUUCGCGCACACGAACAUUUAAGUACAUAUGUUCAACAGUGCAUCCGGACAUUUGAAAUGUUAUCAACGAGGAUCACUCAAACACGAAAUCUCAAUAUGGAUAACAGCAAUGUAUUAAUGGAAAAUCAGGGUUGGGACUAUUUCAGCAAUGACAUCUUCCAGGAUUUGGGUCUGAACUUUGACAAUUUUCUGUUCGGUGGCGGAGUAAUGAUUGACGUCAGACUGUCCAGUGGCGCCAAUUCGCCAGACUCGGUAUGUGGAGAGAAACCCCAAAAUGAAGACAGAGACAUGGAUGCUACUGGAAGUAUGCUGCCGCGUGACCGCACUCGAUACUCGACACCUACAUAG